AUGGUAAACCUAUCUAACUCUACAUUAUCAUCAGCAGCAAAAGAUUUGAAUAUUAUUUUAACAUUGAGUUCGAUACAACAAUUCAUAAGUCGUACAUAUUAUAUAGUACUAUUAAUUGUUGGGAAUAUAGGAUGUAUAUUAAAUCCGGUAAUAUUAUUACAACAUUCAUUACGCUUCAACUCAUGCUCUCUCUAUAUAAUAGCAUCAUCAUUUACAAAUAUAUUCAUUAUAAAUUUUGGAUUAUUAACACGUAUAUUAAGUUAUGGUUAUAAUAUCGAGCCAGCCAGAUAUUCAGCAAUCUAUUGUGCUUUAAGAACAUAUUUUAUAACUCUAUUACUUAUAUUAUCACCAAGUUAUAUUGUCAUGGCAUGUAUAGAUCGUUAUGCAUUAAGUUCAUUGAAUAUUACAUUAAGAAAACUAAAUAACAGAAAAAUGGCAAAGCGAUUAAUACUAAUAAUAGCAUUAUUUUGGCAUUUAUUAUCAAUACAUAUAUUUAUUUUUUAUUAUCAUUCACAAGAUACUUUUAUAUCUUGCGUACCAAUAGAAACUUAUUAUAGUAUUAUUUAUUCAGCAUACAUAUUUGUAUGUUCUGGUUUAUUAAUUCCAUCAUUAAUGACGAUAUUUAGUCUUUUAACAUUGAAUAAUAUUAGAAAAAGUCGUCUACGAGUUAUACAUCAUGAAAAUACUGAUACGAUUAAAAGUAUUAAUAGUAAACAGGCUCGUUUAAGAAAACAUAACAGACAAUUAUUAACAAUGAUAUUAAUUCAAGUAUGUAUGGCGAACUUAUAUGGAAAUUUCUAA